AUGGUGGCCGGUGGUCGAUCUGUUCCAGAUCUGGCCGCCGGUGCCCCGGGCAGCACGGGGCUACCCUCCGGUGGUUGGUGCGUCGCGGCCGCCGGGGACGAAGGUGGUGGCAUGGCUGAAUCUCGGCCCACGUGUGGGCCUUGGUCCCUGGAUUGCGGUCGACGUAGUGGCGGGUGCAACAUGUCGGCAGCUGGGCAGAUCCGCACGGAUUCUACCCUUGUCUUGUCCAUGACAGCGCAGAAAACUCUGGGGGAAACCCUAGAUCUCCUUCGGAUCGAGCGAUGGCGGUGUUUAUCCAUUGUAGCCCCUCUUUGGGGCAUCGAUUUUGAGUUUGCUCCGGUUGAAGGGACAAAUGACGCCGACGGCACAUGCCUGGUGGCGCAAGUGUCGAUGAAAAUUGCGUCGACUACGGUCAUGGCGGACGAUGGCGGCGUCUUUGAUGUCCUUGCCUUGUCGAGACAUCGUCGUUGA